AUGAUCCGUAAUGUUAAGCUUGAUGAUCAAACGGAUAGUUCGCUCAUAGAUAACUUCAUUUCUGCAAAUGAUUUGGAUGGCUUUGAUGCAUCAGAUAUCAAGUUUGUUGUAAAGCUGAAAUCUGCUGUAAAGGAUCAUCAUAAUCUUGUUUUGGAGGACUUACCGUCGCUGAGAAAAUGCCUAGUUGAUAAGGGAUUUCAUAUGUUGGCUGGAAAAAAUGUAGUGUUGGUGAUAAUUUGA